GUGGCCAGCCACAGGAUGAUGAUGAUGCUGGCGUGGCACCCCUGCCGUGUCCGCGUCGGCGGCGUGUCCGUCUCCGAUCCUCUCUCUCUUUCAUCUAGUAUAAAAGUAAAAGGCCCCGCCUCCAACCUCCGAUCGAUUGGAUUGGAUUCCCCAGCAAACAAGCAGCCAAAAGCAACAAGCAAGCAAGGGAAUAAUAAGCUGGAGGAGCUGGCGGCGUCUACUAGGAGUAAUAAGCUGGAGGAGGAGCCCCUCGGCCGCCUCGGCGACGACCCAGCAGCUGCCGAGACAGAGGAGCAGCGCAACAAGUUCCUGGUGCUCCGCCUGUACGAGGCGCUCAACGGCCGCGACCACGCCGCCGUGCAGGCCCUCCUCGCCCCCGACCUCGAGUGGUGGUUCCAUGGCCCGCCCAAGCACCAGCACCACAUGAUGCGCGUGCUCACCGGCGGAUCAUCCAACAACAACAAGAAGCAGAAUAGUAAUUUCAGCUUCGUGCCGCGCUCCGUCGACGCCUUGGGCUGCAGCUCCCCCGUGAUCGCCGAGGGACAGGGACCUGCAGGUGUGUACUGGGUGCACGCCUGGACCGUGGGCCCGGAUGGGCUCGUCACCCAGCUGCGGGAGUACUUCAACACCGACCUCACCGUCACCCGCCUCGCCGCCGCCACCAAGUGCAAGUGCGUCUGGCAGAGCCGCCGACCCGACAGGGCAACAAACUCGCUGCCAGGCCUCGUCCUCGUCCUCGCCCUCUAGUCUUUCUUGGCGGCUUGGCCCAUCCAUCAUCUUCUAGCGUUUAUUUGUUAUUACGCCUGCCAUCAUCACCUAGCUAGAUCCAUAACCAUGAAUGAUGAUGCGGCAUGGUCAUCGUCAUCCUCUGUAUUACUACUACUACGCUUCAUCAUCACCAUCACCAAUAAUAGAAACAAAAGUACUAUUGUGUUUAAUUUUAUUCGA